AUGGCCCUCAGCAUGGACCGUUCAGCUUCAGCUUCGAUUCCCUCGUCGACGGCCGAUAAUGUUCCUCUAUAUUCCCUCCCUAUUCCCUCUUUCUUGGGGCUCGUUAAGGGCUCUUCUCUCUAUACCACCGUCGUCAUUCUCUUCUCAUUGCUUGCCUUAGAGCAGGCAGUGUAUAGGUACAAAAAACGUCAUCUCCCAGGCGCCUCGUGGACUAUCCCUAUCAUUGGAAAGUUUGCUGACUCCAUGUCCCCUUCCAUGGAAGGUUACAAAAAGCAAUGGGCGUCUGGAGCUCUGAGCGCUAUCAGCGUUUUCAACAUCUUCAUUGUUAUGGCUUCAUCCAAAGAAUAUGCUCGCAAGAUUCUCAACUCACCUACUUAUGCCGAACCCUGCCUUGUGCACUCAGCGAAACAGAUCCUUUUGCCGGAUAACUGGGUCUUCCUCACUGGUAAAAGCCAUGUCGAGUAUCGUAGAGGCCUCAAUGCCUUAUUCACUCGUAAAGCCAUUGGUAUCUAUGUUGCCAUCCAGGAAGCAAUUUGCAACAAGCACUUGGAUCGAUGGCUAGCUACUGCUAAGAAAACUUCGGCUUCCCAGCCCAUCAUGAUGACCGCUCGCCACUUGAACAUGGAGACUUCACUAGGCGUUUUCUGUGGCAGUCACAUACCUGAGCAUGCGGCUGAUGAAAUCAACGACAAAUACUGGGCCAUCACUCAGUCUCUUGAAUUGGUCAACUUUCCGCUUGCUCUUCCAGGAACCAAGGUCUAUAAAGCUAUCCAGGCCCGAAAAGUCGCUUUACAGUGGCUCGAACUUGCAGCUCACAACUCAAAGAUUGCUAUGGCUAACGGUGCUCAGCCUGAAUGCAUGCUUGAUGAGUGGAUUCAAACCAUUAACGAACCUGGCUAUAAAGGACGCAAAGACUUCAGCGAUCGUGAGAUGGCUAUGGUUCUUUUCUCAUUCUUGUUUGCCUCUCAGGAUGCAAUGAGCAGCGGUCUUAUCUACGCCUUUCAGCAUCUUGCUGAUCACCCUGAAAUAAUGGAUAAAGUCAGAGAAGAGCAAGACCGCGUUCGCCAAGGAAAUUUCUCAAAGCCUUUGACGCUUGAACUUUUGGAUCAGAUGACCUAUCUUCAAGCGGUGGUGAAGGAGAGCUUACGCGUUGUACCUCCUGUUUUGAUGGUUCCAUAUAAGACAACUCGCGCAUUCCCUAUUGCGGAUGAUUACACUGUUCCGGCAAACAGCAUGGUUAUUCCUUCCUUCUUCCUCUCCCUCCACGACGAAGAGGUUUACCCUAGUCCAGACAAAUUCAUACCCGAGAGAUGGCUGGACCCCCAAAGCCCUGCUAACACCAACCCCCAGAAUUACCUUGUCUUUGGAUCAGGACCCCAUCGUUGUAUUGGUUUAGAGUAUGCAACCAUGAAUAUUGCAUUGGUCAUUGCAACAGCAGCAGUGAAAAUGAACUGGGAACACGAUGUUACUCCACGAAGUUAUCUGUACGAAAUUAUCGCCACUGUAUUCCCAAAAGAUGGAUGCUACCUCAAAUUCACCCCUCGUAGUACAGAUGCGUGA